GGUUUCUGCCCCAUUUUGGCGCCUGAAGUAAGAGGACUUCGCCCCUUUCGCUGUCUUCCUCCUGCCCUCCCCAGGGCAGAGGCCAGGCCAGAUUGCCGUCAUCGAGCAAGCCCGUGGGAGGGGAAAGUCUCCUUGGUUUCUCUUCAGGUUCUGCAGAGUGAGGCUGUGAGGGACAGGCUUGGCCAUGGAUCCGCUCUCAGAGCUGCAGGACGACCUGACUUUAGAUGACACCAGCCAGGCUCUGAACCAGCUGAAGCUGGCCUCCAUUGACGAGAAGAACUGGCCCUCGGAUGAGAUGCCUGACUUCCCCAAAUCAGAUGACUCCAAAAGCAGCUCCCCAGAACCUGUCACACACCUGAAGUGGGAUGACCCUUACUACGACAUCGCCCGGCACCAGAUUGUGGAGGUGGCAGGAGAUGACAAGUAUGGGCGGAAGAUCAUUGUGUUUAGUGCCUGUCGAAUGCCUCCCAGCCACCAGCUGGACCACAGCAAGCUCCUGGGGUACCUGAAGCACACCCUGGACCAGUACGUGGAGAGCGACUACACACUGCUCUACCUGCACCACGGCCUGACCAGUGACAACAAGCCCUCACUCAGCUGGCUCCGGGAUGCCUACCGGGAGUUUGACCGCAAGUACAAGAAGAACAUCAAGGCCCUGUACAUCGUGCACCCCACCAUGUUCAUCAAAACCCUGCUCAUCCUCUUUAAGCCCCUCAUCAGCUUCAAGUUUGGGCGGAAGAUCUUCUAUGUGAAUUACCUGAGUGAGCUGAGCGAGCACGUGAAACUGGAGCAACUGGGGAUCCCUCGACAAGUGCUCAAGUAUGAUGACUUCCUCAAAUCCACACAGAAGAGCCCCGCGACAGCCCCCAAGCCCAUGCCGCCACGGCCCCCCCUGCCCAACCAGCAGUUCGGGGUCUCCUUGCAGCACCUCCAGGAGAAGAACGCAGACCAGGAGCCUAUUCCCAUUGUGCUCAGGGAGACCGUCGCCUACUUACGGGCCCACGCUCUCACCACCGAGGGGAUUUUCCGGAGGUCGGCCAACACGCAGGUUGUGCGGGAAGUGCAGCAGAAGUACAACAUGGGGCUGCCUGUGGACUUUGACCAAUACAAUGAGUUGCACCUGCCAGCAGUCAUCCUCAAGACCUUCCUUCGGGAGCUUCCAGAGCCUCUGCUAACCUUUGACCUCUACCCCCACGUUGUGGGCUUCCUCAACAUUGAUGAGAGCCAGAGGGUGGAGGUGACGCUGCAGGUCCUCCGGACGCUGCCAGAGGAGAACUACCAGGUGCUUCGUUUCCUGACUACCUUCCUGGUGCAGAUUUCUGCGCACUCCGACCAGAACAAGAUGACCAACACUAACCUGGCUGUCGUCUUCGGUCCUAACCUGCUGUGGGCCAAGGAUGCUGCCAUCACCCUCAAGGCCAUUAAUCCCAUCAACACCUUCACCAAGUUCCUCUUGGACCACCAAGGGGAGUUGUUCCCUAGCCCUGAGUCCAAGGGGCUCUGAGCCCAGCGCCUGCCCUGCCAGCCCCCUUCUCUGGUAGCCUCAGUUUGGACUCUUCCUCCUGGCAUCGGCCUUACAGGAGCCCAGGGCUCCCACCCAGGAAGGGGCCAUGAAGCCUCCUGGAGAUGAUGCUGGAGCCACCCACCAGGCAGCUCCUCCCCACUGUCCGCCUGCCUCGCUGGCCCUGGAGGCCUCGCUGUUACCAUCAGACAUUUUUCUUUGCCUUAUGAUUCUCACUGCCUCUCUGGACCCCUGGCUCCUGCUGGGCCCUCCGGAGCUGGGCUCGGCUCUUCCAGCUCGAGAAGAACUGCACCCCAGCAACCCCCUUUCCUGCUUUUUCCUGCCUUUCUUUCCCUGGCAACUGUGGAUGACAGAGUCACUGCCAGCUGGGCUGGUAGCAGGGCCUGGUCCUCCCCUUCUGAUUGCUGGGGGAGGAACAGCUAAUCUCUUCGACUCGGCCACACUGAGGCACCUCCCUGUCUGGGUCUGUCGACCUACUUUUUAGAAGUACCUCUGUGUGGAGCCCUGGACACAGGCACCCUGCUCUUGUCCUGCCUUCAGCAGCUCAGCCUGGGUCUUUCACAGCUGAGGAAGGACAAGACUGGAGCCUGCUUCCUCCUCCUGCCUUCUUCUCGUCCACAUACCCUGGGCCAGCCUUUCCCAAGUGGUACUGCCCCCAGGGUGGCCUAACCUCCUGUUCUGCCAGGACUGGCAGCUUGGAUGACAGGGCUCAGAGUCCCGGCAUCCAUUUGAAAUAGACUCCUCCCUGCCAAGCCCUCGUGUCUGGUUGGAUCAGUGACAAGCAGUGCCCGCCCUCCACGCCUGCCUCCUCUCUCGUGUGGACAGAGCCUCAGCCUGUGGACCUGUCCGUUUGUGGGGUCACUCUGGCCAGAGGUGACUCAGUGCCUCAGGAUCUGCAGUGGCUCUUUCCUCCAGCUGGGGGACUCUUAAAGAGGCUGGGGUGGAGGCUCAGAGUGCCCACAGGAGGGGCAGAGAUUUUGCUAAUAGGUCAGCCCCUGACAGGUGGGUUCUAGCAAUCUCCCCAAGGGAGUAUGGGGCCUCAGGGCCCUGUUGUUUUUCAGAAAACCUGGAUCCCAGUGACGGUUAUUAACCCUCAUUCCAGCUGUGUCCCUUAGAAUCAUACUCCUUUUUCAUGAACUGUGGGGACACCCCCUUCCUGCAGCCUUGACCCCUGGUAGCAGGGCAGCACCUGCAGCGACCCUGCCCCCACAGCCUUGGCCAGGCAGGGAUCCUCACUGACCAGCCCCAUCUAUGAGGCAGGCGGGGCCUGGCCUGACCUCACUGGGCUCUCCCCAGGCCACCUGCGGCAUGUCUGGACUCCCGGAGCCUGGAGCUGCUGCUGAUUCUCGGUGUGUCUCUAGCCUGGGCCGCUCUGCUUUCUG